UUGGUUGGUUGGUUUUUUUAAGAAAUAAUUUAAUUUAUGCCAUUUCCAGCAGGGAAAGUGGUUUAAUGAUCAUUCAAGGGUUCUGGUGGUGCUGUCUGGGUGAGAAUUUGGUGUUUUCUGGUUCACAGAGGGUUCCCAGUGUUUCCAGGAGUGCCUUGGGAAUUCGGGGUCUUGCAGAAUUGCGACACAAUAUGUAUUAACAGGGCCUUUAUUUAAUAAAAUAUCUCAUUAUACUGUUCGUAGGAGCACCCUGAGGUACCUGGGUGUGAGGUGCUGGUUGCAGGGUGCUCUUGAUAAUCCCAGAACGGGGGGGAUCUGCUGAGCUGGGAGGGACCACCAGGGACCAUCUAUCCAAUUCUAAAGGGAUCAGCCGAGACAGGGAUCAAACCACAACCUGGGCAUCAUCAGGAUCAUCCAGUCCAGCUCCUGCCUCGCACAGGACACCCCAACAGCCCCACCCUGUGCCUGGACCAUGUUUGAUCUCCAUCAGACGCAGCCUUGGAGCAGUGAGGGGUUAGAGGGUCAAACCUCCCUGUUCUGACCCUACAAACAGGUCACAGGGAGGGGGUAAAGGGUCAAACCUGACCCUACAAACAGGUCAGGAGCCUGAGCUGGAGCAACUCCUGCAGGUGCUCGGCACAAGGUGCUAAGUGGGCACUCAGGGGGAGGAUUUAGGGCUGGCAGCCUUGGGAGUUUGGGGAGAGUGAGAGAUGGGGUUUAGAGAGACAGGCUGAAGGUUAAAUCUGGCUUUCCAGUUCGUGAGCUGGAUCUCUGACUUCCAUAACUGAGCUCUGUCUUCUCCCCCCCUUCUUUCCUAGGGCUGCGCAUGUCCUGUUACCGGUGGCUCUGCACACACACGUGUAUCUCUAUAUUUAUAUAUCUAUAUGUUUCUGUAUUUCUCUCUGGAGGAGAGGGUGGGUUGAACGGCUCUGUCCCAUCACCAGGUGUCAGCCUUGCUGCGAGAAGCACUCGAGAACACAUAGAGUCCCUCAGAAGGGUCUGACUUGCAGGGCAUCAUUUUCCUGAAGCUCCACGAGCCAGAACUUCUCGGGAAUGAGGAAUCCCGUCACCUCCCGCUGUGUUUUGGGCACUUCAGUGUGUGGCAGAGCCGUCCAGGUGCUGCUGAUCGUCCCAACAGAGCCAGGAGGAGCUGGAGCACUUCUGGGUGCCCACAACACCUCCCCUUUCCUGCCUGGCCCUCUGGAAGAUUGUGUUUGCCAAGUCUGUUUUGCUGAAGUGUUGAUGGGCUGAGAGCUUGAGGAGAGCACAGGAUCACUCCAAACCAGGAGAUCCCUCUGACUGCUGCUCCACAGGCCUGGGAGAUCCUGAGGAACAUCACCAGGUGGGAUUUGGAUGAAGGAGCAGGGCAAAGUCACUCCUCAGCUCCUAUAUAAAGACCCCUUCAAACUAAAGCUUCAUCCCAUUCCACGCCCUGACUGGCCAGCAGAGCAACUUCCAUGUGUUUCUCUUUGGGACAACUGGAGGAAGCAGAAAUUUUCCAGAAGUUUCAACCAUUUCAAGCUCCACCAAAGCAAAAUUUCCUGAUUGCAAAGAUUCCCUUGGUAACUGGAGGAAGGUGGUCCUGGAGGAGCUCUGUCCCAGGAGCACAGGUUCAGUUUUGUUCAUGUCCCAGGCAGGGCAGGGGGGGGGAAUUCACCUCUUCAGGGCUCUCAUCCCGCCUCCGCUUCGUCCUGUUUCCCAGGAAUGACAGGCAUUAACAAACAGCACCCAGCGACUUGUGCUACGAAACAUUUGUGUUCUCAAGAGCCGAGAGGUGUGUCCAGGGCUCCAAAUCCAUCCUGCAGUGGGAGAUGCAGGUCUGAGGAGCCAGGGACACACCCCAGUUUGCUCAGUGAAAAGGAGCCCGCUAUGACCAUGCCCUGCACUCCAGGAGAUCCCAGGUGAUUCCUCACACUUGUGAGUGUUCUGAAGACCUUUCCAGAAAUGCCUCCUUUACUCCCAGGGCUGGGAUUUCUCCUUCUGCUUGGGUGGCAAGGAACUGCUGGAGCUUCUGCUGGGACAUACCUGUGCUCCAGCUCCGCUGUCAAUGAGUCUGCCCUGUGUGCCUCAGUGGAAAGUGCCAGCCAGGAGAAGUUUCUGGAAGCAGCCCGUGGCCAAAGCUCCCCGUGCAGCCUCUCGUUUGCUCAAUAUGCCUGUGCACAGAGAACUUGGCUCCAGGACCUCCAGGAUGAUUUCCUCAUAUCCUUAUAUUCUUGCCUUGCCUCCAAACCUGCCACUGCUGUGGAUCCAGAAUACUCUGUUCUGUUCUUUUCCAAAUAUGGUGCUGAGAAGCUUUUGGCCUCCCUGACCACGUUCAGCCAGCGGUUUUCCCAUGUGCCUCUGUCUCUGGAGUGGAGCCUGAUCUUCAUCAAUGGGCUGUGGGAGAAGAUGCUGCAAGUGCCAGACAUUGAGAGCCCUCCUGUUCUGUCUCAGUGGGUCCAUGGGGGACUUCAGCCCUUCCUAGAGGAGCCCAAGGUCUUUGGUUGCCUCCAUGGCAAAAAUGUGUCCUGUGAGACCUUUCAGCUGCUAGUGGCUGCUCUGGAUGGACUAUACCCUGAGCUUCCAGAGGGAGAGCAGAGGAAUCUUUACAGUGGGAUCAAAUAUUAUCUCACCCAGAAUGAAUCCAACCAGAAAUGCUACAGUGAAGCCAUUCCAGGCCUGAAUUCCACUGCUUGGUUUAAAAACUACCUUGGAUCCUUUAUGGAGGAUGCCACAGUUGAGGACCUGCAGCUUUUUGCUGAUGAACCAACUCUUCAAAAAUUUGCCAGGGAUCCAGUCAAUAUGGAGAUGAUCAGCAACCUCACCUUGCUCCGGGAGACAGCUCUGUACUACACCUUCCUGCUGACCUCUGCUCCUGCUUUUCCACUGUCAAGCCUCCCAGAUAGGUUUCUUUGCUCCCUGAGCCCCUCGGCAGUGACCAACCUGAGCAGGGACGACGCGCUGAGCUUGGCCCAGAGGAUCGGGGAGAGCUGCCCCUGGAUCCCGGCACGCAGAGGGAUUCCUGGAGAGAGAGCUCCCUCCUCCCUGCCGGCACAGGAGCUGCAGGUCACAUCCUCCCUGCUGAGGAAGAUUGAGGGUUUCUCUCCCGAAAUCCUGCGUGCCCUGGGCCAAGCUGCAGUGGGACUCUCUGUGUCCAGCAUCCAGAACAGCAUCAGUGAGCAGGACCUUGAAGCAGCUCUUCCUGCCCUGGGGGAAGUUCGUGGCUGGAGUGCUGAGCAGUCCAGUGCUGUUGUGGACAAACUGCUCCGCUCUGGCUAUCAGCUCCGGGAUGGGCAGAGCCUGGCACAGCUGGGCAGUUUGGUGGGAGGCCUCAACAGCAGCACGGUCUGGAGUCUGUCCCCAGAGGUGCUCCUGGAGGCCAUCAAGGUGCCUGAGUUUGCCCAGCAAAUGGAGCCCCUUCCCCCUGCUCUGAAAAGGACCUUUGUGGAAAAGAUUUCCUCCAGUGUUGCCCACCCUGCUGACCUGGUGAAAUACAUCCCUGAUGCUCUGGCCAGUUACAUCCCCAAAUCCUUGCUUGUUUUUGGGGAAGAGAAGCCCAGUGUUGAGGAUCUCAACAGUAAGCCGUGGACCCCAGAGCAGGCUGCCAUGUUUUUCAGUGAUGUGGUAAAGGCAGAGCCUGACUUCAGCAGGCUCUCCCAGUCUGUGCUCCAAGGUUUCACCUGUGCAGCUGCCAAAGAUGUGGAAGCAGGAAGAUUUCAGGAGCUGGCCAAAGUCAUGAGGAGCAAGAAAGUCAGGCUGGGAGAAGACCAGCUGAGUUGCUUACUGAGGAUGGUGACACUGCAUGGGAUUCCUGAGGAUUUGGACAGUUAUCCUAAAGACCUGUUGCUGUUUUUAAGUCCUUCAGACUAUGCAGCCACUGGAAGCUGCAGCCAAUACUUCAAUAACAUCGGGGAAGCAAAUCUUGAUGUUCUGCCAAGAGAGUCCCCUCAGAGGAAACAGCUUCUCCUGGAGGCUCUGGCAUGUCUGAAAAUCCCUGGCACACAAAUAAAUGAGGAAGAUGCUGAGAUCCUGGGCCGCCUGGUCUGUGACCUGGGGGGGGAAUACAUCAGGAAUUCGGGGGGGAUUUUGCUGAAGGACCUAAGCCAGUGUGAAUCUUUCCUGCCUGACCAAGAAGAGGCCAUUAGGGAUGUCAUCAGCAGUGGGAACACCACAUUCGGGCCUCCUGCAGCCUGGUCAGCCUUCACCCUGAGGGACCUCUCGGGGCUCAUCCCUGUGUUUGAUCACAACGUCUUGCAGGAGAUCCCCAAGAAUUCUCUGACCCUUUGGCUGAAGAACUUUGCCCGGGAUUCCCCCCUGUCCAGGGAGGAGUUGGCCACCGUCGUGGGGGAGCUCCUGCCCACCCGGCACAGGAGGGCCGACGCAGGUUGUGACAUGGAGAUAACAGAGGAGAUGCUGAGCACUGACCUGAUGCCCACCUACUACAGCCCCCAGGAGCUCCGGACCUGCCUCAGGAACAUGUCCCUGGAGAACCAGGUCUUCCUGGAGAACCACCUCUCCCAGGUCCUCAGCUACCCCUUCAGUGUGGAGCAACUGCAAGUGCUGAAGGACUACCUGGAUGAGAGGUAUCCUGAUGGUUAUCCUGAAAGCCUCCUCUCCAAGCUGGGUCCCCUCACCUCUCUCAUCACCCCUGAGGAGAUUUCCACAUGGAAGAUGAACUCAGCUGAUGCCCUAGCUGCCUUCCUGAAAAGUCAGCCCCCAGAUCUCCUGGCCUCAGCAGGGAUCAAACGCUAUGUUGAGCUGGGCAAUGCCCUGAAUGCCACUGCCCUGGAUGCCAUCGGGACCAGAUACGUGUGCCUGCUGAACACCACGGAGGUGCAGGCCAUAGAGCCCAGCAGCCUCAAACUGGUGUCUCUGAAUCCUUCAGCCUGUUCACAACAGACCAAAGACCUCUUGUAUGAGAAAGCCAAAGAAGCUUUCUAUCCCCAGCACGUCUUUCCUGCUUACUAUCAACUGAUUUUACCUUAUCUGGAGGGGGCUCCUGGUGAAGAUCUCAAGGCUCUGAGCCAGGCCAACGUGAACAUGAACAUGAGCACUUUUGUGAGUUUAAGAAGAGAUGCUUUGAUGAGCCUGACACCCCGUGAGGUUCAGGGCUUGCUGGGGAUCAACCUCCCAGACCUGGCCAAGUGGCAGUACAGGUCUCCUGUCCGGGAGUGGAUCCGGGUACAGCAACAAUCCCAGCUGGACCAGCUGUACAUCGGGCUCACGGGGGGAACACAGGAAGGCUACAUCAACCUCAUCACUCCCAAAUUCCCAGCACCAUCCUCAGCCCCUCUGGGUGCCAUGGCCAUGGCACUGCACCUGCUGCCUGCCCUGCUCCUCACUUUCCUCAUGAUGUCCAUCCUGUCCUGACCAUCUUCUCUCCAGAGGAAGCAAGACCAGGGGUUGGUUCCAUCCUGUGACCUGCUCUGAGGCCUGUGGGCACCUCCAGCCUGGGGCUGAGGGGUGCCCAGAGCACCAGGCAACUGGGAUCAGCCCAGGAAUCACUUCUAGGUACUUCUGUCUUUCAAAUCACUCGGAAAAACCCAGUUGUGUCUGAAGGGAAGAUUCCAGACUCUUCAGAGCAGGACCUUUGCCUUUGGUAGAGCCCAAGUCCAGGUCAGCCCCAAUCAUGACACUGCAACCCAAACCACGUGCAUGUUUUACUGGGGGGUUUAAGGUUAAAAAUGACAUUUCCCAGAGCCUGAUCUCGUGACACUGCCAAGACCUCAGAGUGGAAGGGAAGUUUGCUGGCUGACUGUAAAUAAAUCAUGGAAUUAAGUAAAAAAAUGCUAAAG